CCCUUACUGGUUAGUUUGAACGCAUGCUUCGUCGGAAUUUACGGUAGUCUCGAUUUGAUGUACUGUUUAUAAUAAGCGCUGAUAAUUCUUUUUUUUUUUUUGUUGAUAACGGUAUUCUUCACUAGUUCUCACAGAAAUUAAAAUUAUCUUAAACAGGGCUAUUUGGCACUCUUUUUUUUGUACCCUCCCCCCUCGUUACCCCAUUAAAUAAUAAUAAUAAUAAUAAAAAUCCACCGACAAAACAAACCCGGGUGCACCACGAUGGUGGAAAGUUCACAACAAAUACCAAAACAGGUCAACGUGACUUGCACUUUGAGAUCACGAUGGUUUAGUCAUGUUGAUACUUGCGUAGUCUUCGAACUGAUUUCUCGAUAUCGUUUUACGUUCACUGUCAGUUUGCUAACAGCAGCUACGAUGACGACGGCAGCAGCAGAAACCAGGCCGACGAUUCACGUUGACGUGGUCAGCGACAUCAUUUGACCGUGGUGCUGGGUGGGGAAGCGAAACCUGGAAUCCGCGAUGACUGAACUCGCCUCUCGGUUUGAGUUCGUCGUUCGGUGGGAACCUUACAUUCUCCGCCCAGCCACCCCGGACGAAGGCGCGCCUAAACCACCAUACGACCCCAACAGUCAAAGUGCACAACGGCUGAAGCAAGCAGGUUUACAAGUUGGAAUAGACUUCACUUACAAGAGCCAGCUAUUUCCUAACACCGUCAAGUCACAUGCAUUGUUAGCAUAUGCCAAGGAGAAGAAUGCUGGGGCCAUGCAGAACGAGAUCUCGGAAAAACUUUUUCACCUGUAUUUCACAGACGGAGAGUUCCUAUCUGAUGACCGUCUGCUCGCGGUUGCCAAAGACGCUGGGUUUGACGUGGAUGAAGUUAAAGCGUACAUCAGUAACAAGUCUAAUUUAGAGUCUGUGACUGACAAAGCUAGAAGUUGGAUGACUAAAGGUGUUCGAGGUGUUCCGUGUUUCUUCAUGAAUGGUCAGAGAAUGUUUUCGGGAGCGCAGGACGUGGAAACGAUGAAGAAGACGUUGACGAUGGCGGCAGAGAAAUUUCCCGCGACGCCCUCGAGUAAAACCUGAGAACAGAAUUCUCCCUGAUUCAAAGGACAAUAGACACUAAAUAUAAACUAAAAAUAUCUCUUCUGGAAAUGUUACACGUGCAUGUGCUGGAAAUGAUGCAUGGGCGAGGAUCUCGACUGUCGGAAGCAAAAUUUCUAGGGCGAUUCGAGUCGUGUUCCCCUGGAAAAUAUAUAUUGAAAAGAAAGAAAAUUUGUGUUUAGCAGGGGUGGGUAUUUACCUCCAAAACAGUCACCCUGCACCAUAUGGGCUACCAUUUUUAUAGGAGGGCAGGCUGGUUUUUGCCAGAAUUAAAGAAAAAUGCCCAAAUCUAAAUAACAACAUUUAUUCAUAUUAGCAUUACUGCCAAACAGCUAUAUAGGGUUACAAACGAAUCACUACGCAAUUUUUACAUGUACUAAUUUUGAGGGUAGAAUGGUGGGAAUGCUAGUAUAUGGUAAAAAGGUCUCAGGUUAGCACAUUUUGCACGAAUAUCUGUAUCUGAAUUUGAAGUUUUGCUCCAGUACUAGAGGGGCAGUAGCUGCCUCUACACCCCCCACCCCCCCCCACCCCCACCACCUACCCCCCCACCCCCCCACCCCCACCCACCCCACCCACCCCACCCCUCCCCUGUCUCGUAUGCUUGUGUCCUGCACAUACACAUGUAAUACUGUAUGUGAUCAAAAGCUGUUUUGGUCAUUCCUUUUACUCGGGGAUAAAUUAGAACUCAGGACUUGAUUGAGGGAGGUAACUCCAAAACGAAUGUAUGUAAAUUAUUUGAUAUAAUUCAUAAAGGGAAAUAACUCCUAUGAUAUUUUAUUGCAUACUUCGGAUGAUCUUUUCCAGUUGUACAUUCUCUUUUCAAAUAAUAUUUUUAGACCACAGGAAGGGAGAUAACUUGAAAUAUUGAAUACUAAAACAACAAAAGGUACUUUAAUAAUAACAGUAUUUGGAAAAAAUAGUGGGUUCAAAAGUGAAAUUUUAUUUCAAGUUACAUCUGUUAGUUGUCACUUUUUGAACAAUAUAUGUUAGGUAACUUGAUAACAUAAAAUAAAAGGAGGGAUUGGGGGGGGGAGGUAAAAAUUUAAAUUUUUAAAAAGGUUUUGACAAAUCAUGGAAGUUGGUAGGAAACCAAGAGUACUAGUGUGUACUAUGUAAAAUAAAGGGUACACAUAGUUUGACUUUAUUUCAGAACAUGGGGUGGGGUUGAGGUCGUACAUUUCACCGUUUUAAUAGGAUUUCAAUCGAACACACAUUUACUAUAAUAAUGUGUUAUGAAAUCUUUUGAUUGAUUGAUUGAUUUUCAACUUAUUUUCGUGCUUAUAUCCAAUUAAGGUUCAAGCACGCUGUCCUGGGCACACACCUCAGCUAUCUGGGCUGCCUGUCCAGGACAGUGGGUUAGUUGUUAGU